UCUCUCUCUUCCUCCCUCCCCCCUCUCUCUCUCUCUCUAUACAUACAUAUCAUACACACCUAUACGUACGUAUACAUGCCGGCGGCAGAUCCGCCGGUUACGGCGGCCGGCGUCGGGCUCGGAUACGGCAUCGCGAUUGCAGUGAGCAUCCUCGUUCUCAUCUCCACGAUCAUGCUCGCCUCGUACCUCUGCAUCAGAGCCAAAUCAGCCGGGAACCACCGAGAGGGAGAAGAGGAAGACGACGAAGACUCCGCCUACUCGAGCGACGGAGGAGCGCGUGAGCUACACGCGCCGCCGGGAUCGACGGUGGAGGAGGAGAUGAAACUGGGCCUGGAUGGGCCGGCGAUAGAGUCGUACCCGAGGAUAGUGCUGGGCGAGAGCCGGAGGCUGCCGAGGCCCAAUAACGGCCCAUGUUCGAUCUGCCUGUGUGACUACGAGGCUAGGGAUUCGGUGCGGUGCAUCCCAGAGUGUAAUCACUGUUUCCACGUUGAUUGUGUCGAUGAGUGGCUACGGGUCAGUGCCACGUGUCCGCUCUGCAGGAACUCCCCGGCUCCGUCUAGGGUUUCUACUCCUUUGUCCGAUAUGGUACCGCUGGCUUUUCAUCCCAGCUGAAUAUUAUUUAUUUAUUUAUUUUUAUAAAAAAUCAUCUCUUUUUUUUUUUUAAGAUUUAUGUGAGGUGCAUAUUAGAAUAGAUAGACACUUACCCUCUUUUUAAAUAAAGUUUUGGUUUUAGUUUUAGGGUUCUGAAUACUGAGAAACAAUUCAUGAAGUAAUAUGGUGUAUUUUUUUAAUUAAACUU